AUGGACUUUGAAGGAGCCCCAAUCCCACACUUGAUCUACGUGGCUUUGGAGAAGGUCUAUGCUGACUUGCUCGUCCAGAGCUCAGACAAAACACUCAGCGAUAUUCUACGCGGUCGUUUUACAAUUCCGGGUAAUCGACAAUUCUUCACCCAAGACCGCCAUGACAUCAGAAUCAUGCGAAAAGGAAAUGCAGAGCGUUACAAGGCAUUGCUAGCUGGAAGUCUCAGCAGCGUCUCCUCCGGCAUGCCCACCAAGCUAAGUAAUAUGAUGCCCGGCCUGCCUGUCGAACCAGUGCAGACUGUUCUCGAGAGCCAGCAAUCGCACGAGCUUACAUUGUUGGAAGCCCAGGUUGCUUCUAAGAUGCCCUCAGCAAUUCUGGCGAAUGAUAAACUGAGCAAAGUUACUUUUGGGGCAGCAUGUCAGAGGUGCACGCCGUUUAUGCAAAUCCAACCCGACCAAUAUGCCCGGUUUCUAGCAUGGAUGGAAAGAGAACUACAAAGUCAUGAAUUGGCCGGCCAUCUGUCUACUCAUGUCCCCGAUAUGAGCAAUUGCGUUUUCACAUACCAGAGCAAGCCGACAAUUAUGACCGAUCAGGAACUUCGAUCCAGUUGCGUCGAGACCCGCCCGCUCCAAAUUGUACCAGCCGGAUGUCGCGAUGACCAACUCUGGGGUAGAACGGGGGACCCCCUGAAGCGCCCAGGGAUCAUGACACGGAGAAUGCCGAGGUGGCUAGGAGUCCGAAUAGACGACCACCAUUGCUAG